AUGGCUGAUCCAUUGUCGCUUCUACAAGAAUAUGCAAUGAACAAGAGGGAAUUAGGCGAAGUUAAACACAAUGGGAAGCUUUACUACGUUUUUGGCGAUAUCGCAUAUCCACACGAUGCGAAAACUAAUCUUGGUGUUUACAACAAACAAGACGAAUACUAUUCAAUAGAAUCAAUCCUGCUUUUUUGGAAUAUGCGUGAUUUACAACAUACAGCAUAUGUACGUGAUGUUUCUGGCAGAGGAAUUGCAUCUAUCACGAGAGUUCAAAGGCAGCGCAUCGACAAAAUCCUGGAGAAAUCAAUUGAAAAAGGAAAUUCCGAGCAGGUUCGUGGUUUAAGCAAUGAACUGUCAGCCGAACGGGUCGCACAGCUCCGAAGCAGAGUCAAAAGCAACUUAAAAAACAAGGCAUUGGAUGAGGAAAGCUUCAUAUCAGUUUCGCAAGAGACGGCAACAACCGCAACCAGUGAUGCUAUCGGUCGGUUUAUAGCUGAAAAGGAGAGAACGCGUAAAGAUCGCACAACAUGUUUGGAAUCGCAGUCAAGGGAUUUUUCCAGUAUCAUUUCUGUGCUCAAGGAUCUUCAGAUGCGUGAAAAUCAAGCCAAAUCUUCUGCGCAUCAUUCUGCAGGUGUAUAUUCCUCGGGAGCUUCUACAGGGGCUGCAAUGCAAAAUACAAAAAUGCAAAGGCAGGCGGUUUCAGCUGGAUAUAGCCGUUACGACCAGGAAAUUUUUCAACGUGAAACAGUUGCAGAUUUCGAAAUUGAAACAGAUCUUAGUUUUCAUGGGCAAGGUGCCCUCGUUAACAAUCAACAACAAAGAUUAGUUCCUACGGCAGACGCAGUUUCCUCUCUCCCGUCCAAUUCUACUGCAACUAACGGCAUUCAUAAACCAACAGAUCAACAUCCUUCAAGACCAAAUUCUGUUGCACCUUCAAUUUCUGGCUCGCGCAGUCAACCUAAGCGUGUGUCGCGCACUCCAAUAAUUGUAAUACCUGCUACGGGGACAGCUUUAAUAACUAUGUAUAACGCUCGAGAUAUCCUACAGGGACCUGCCUGGCAGUUUAAAGGUUGGAAGUGGAACGGAAAUCCGGUAGAAAUAUUUUCUAAUGUUGCUGCUUUCCAUCUUAAAUUUGAAGAACAAAAAAUGGAUCCAAAUGUUGCGAAAUGGAGCGUUAAUGUUUUGCAAUUGUCUCGUACAAAGCGUCAUCUCGAUAGAGCAAUCCUUCAGCGUUUUUGGGAAAUUUUAGAUCGUCAUAUUGCAAAAAGCAGUAAACGUGAUUGGCUUCGGUAUUGA